CACAUCCUAUAUGUUAUCAUACACUUUAGGUUGCACCUGACCUUCGAUGUGCUGUUUUACUGAUGAUUCGUUGUUCUGGUCUGAAGAUGACGGGCUUCUGCUCGCUGCUCGGUUAGCAGUGGUGCUGCUAGAUAAUGUAGAUAGCUAGCAUACUUGUUUACGCACUCAGACUAACGUUAGUCGUUUUGAUGAUUGGACGCGAUUUUUAAAUUGCUGCUCUAUGUAGAAUAGACAGGCUCAUUUGCAACAUUUUGUGUGUUUGUGUAAAUCACGCGAACCAAAUAUGCUAAACUUACAUUUUAUUUAAUAAAAACACAUUUGACUAUUUUGUCAUGGUAAUAAAUGAGGAUUUUAACCAGCACGAGGCCACAGCAGUAUAAAAAUGUAAUAGAACUGUCGCUAUGUAAUACCUUUUAUACAACAGUUCUAUAAACAAAUAACAAUAAUUAACAUUUCUCUGAACCAAUUAACCCAAAAACCGGUCUGAAACAAAAACGUUUUAUAGUCAGUACACUCCAGCUACAUUUCAGGUUUUCUAUUUCCACUUGAAGGAAACCAUUAGGAAAAAAAUAAAUAAAAAAUCAUUGACCUUAGGGCUUAGGUCAUCCAAAUACUAUGAAGUCUAACUCUUUUUUUAACAUCUCUGUGACAUUUUAUGUGCAAAUUGUAAUAGAAAUCCAAGCAAUCUGGAGUUUUAAAUGACGGCGAAAAAUCCUCAUGCAGAUUUUGCUUGUCGUUCCAGCUAAUUUGUGCAUUCACCAAAAGAAAGCUGCUUAUUGGUUUUAGUGUGACUGUGCAGUUGUCCAAAUGUCAAUGCACAGUUGAUAAUAGACCUUUUUUGCUAAUGCGACCACACCUUUAUAUGUGUAAAUGUGAUGCUCAUGGUGUUGCACACUAAAAAACAAGUGAGACAUGAUGCAACAGCAAAAUGCAUCUGCUUGAUACAUGUGCACAUUUACUGAAUAUUAAAAGGAAGCUCAGAAGGAACGGCCCGCUAUAUUCCUGGGGUAAACAAAAGACACAAAGCUGUGAGCUCCAGGGCAACCGAGUAUGCCAGUGUGUGCUGUUUUGGUCUGGGUUAAUGAAGCAAGUGUGCAUUCUGAAUUUGAAAUCUGCAGGAACUAUAACUGACUCCAACCCACACCUGACAUCCUGCUGUGAGCUCCUGGAACUUAUACUGCGAAAGGGACUACAGCAGCCUGUUCUCAGUUUGGCACAUAGAGAUUACUGGAAUUGUUUUGAACAGCUUCUGCAUCACGACACAUGUGGCAGGUUGAGUUCAGUUUCUUUGGCCGUGCAGCAGACCACAGCCUGCAGCAAGCUCCUCACCUCUCAAGGCCGAGGACGCUUCUUCAUACGGCUCAUGCUGAUGCGGAGAACCCUGGGAAAUGUCUUAAAACACCUGCUGCACACAAACAGAGUCAUCGAGUGGUAUUGCCCUAAUGUUGCUAUUCUCACAAAUGAGGAGUUUGUUGAACCGUUUCUUUCGCUGUCUAUGGUGCUGUCAGAAAUGAACUUUAAUAUCAAUAUUGAGAACUGCAGCUUCUUGGAUGAAAGCUGGCUGCUUCCGGUGCGUCAAAUCUACGAAGCUGUUCCCUGUCGAGAGCUGGGGAUGGCCCUCAGGUACCUAGAUGGACGCGUCUUUGUACUGGACCUGCUUCAGGGUAGUCAAGCACAGGUGGAUAUGUUUGCCGAGCCUGGUGACAUCAUUGAUGAAAUGAAUGGGAUAUCACUGAGGAAUGCUAGCAAUGGGCAGGCAGGUGUGGUUCUGUCUAAGCUGAAGGGUCAGCCCCUUUCCAUUCACUUGAUACGUUGGAGAGGAGAAGAUGGGUCUAUCUAUCAGCCACUGGUCAAACACUUACGGCAGCUCAAACAGGAAAAACCCUCACUUCAGUUUGGCCCAAAACCAGCCUCUCAGCAGGACAAAACUUCGGGUCAGAAGAGAGGGCAGACACAGUGUGUGAAAGACGGCAGGAUCCUGUAUGGCGUGCACCUCUUAGGAAAAGCAAACAUAGGAAUGCAUGGAGAUAAGGAGGUCCUGCAGCAUGCCAUUCCUGUGGUCCUGCAGAGCAGUCAGGCAAGAAAGGAAGUGCUGCUGGAUGUAAAGGAGACUCAUCUUACCUGCAUAGAUAAGUCAAAUAAGCAGGAGCUGUUUCAACAUCAUUUCCCUGAGAUAUCAUGUGUUGGGAGGUUUGGAAGCCAACCGGAUUUAACCAUUUUUGCUUUUUGUGUACUAGAUUCACCGCAAGCAGGCAAACAGUCCGGCUUCUGUUGUGUGGUCCUACAGGCUGCCACAAGUAGUGAGUGUGAAGAGAUAGUUAACCGUAUAGCCGCUGGGUUCAAACAUACAGAAUGGUUUGUCUGAAAAUUCAGAUCUUGAGUGGAUGGAACAUCUUCUGCGUGUGCAUCAGGUGUUUUUGAGCACAAUACAUGUAUUGCAUUGUUAUAUAUUCUAUAUUUACAAUAUAGUUUAUCAUUUGUAUUAAUAGUAUAUUGUAUAUGAUCGAUAAAACCUUAUUGUAAUAUCCUGUAUUUGUGCAUUGUUGUUUUGAUAGAAAUAUAUUAAAUACUGAGUCUCUUUUUGUUAAAA